AUUGUCAUAACACGGUGGAGGAAAAUGGCAACUCCAGUGCACGUUUGCAGUCCGCAAUUCAGAUCGAUGUUGUAGGCGCGACCAUGAGCUGAACAUGGGAUAUGUUUUAUUCAGCUGUGGUGACAGAGAGCGACAUGCUGUAGAUCUUUCGAGACAUCUGCAUUGCUUCUGAUCCAAGGACUGGCUGUGCAUCGCUGGAUGAGCAUAUACAUUCAAGCUGACCAUUGUUUUAUGGAAUAGUACACGUGUUGUAUUUAUACUCAUUAAAAUACAUAUUUAUGCGCCGAUACAGCAGCUCGCCUGUGUGGCUUUGCUAAGUUUCUUUUUUCACCUUUUGAAUUAUUUAUUGCAUACAUAUAUUCGUGAGGAUAUCAUCAGAAAAUGAGUGAACAGAGUAUAUGUCAAGCCCGAGCCUCUGUGAUGAUCUAUGAUGACACCAGCAAAAAAUGGGUGCCAGUCAAACCAGGUCAGCAGGGCUUCAGCCGCAUCAACAUCUACCACAACACUGUCAACAACAGCUUCCGUGUGGUGGGAGUCAAACUGCAGGACCAGCAGGUCGUUAUAAACUACUCUAUUGUGAAAGGUCUGAAAUACAACCAAGCCACGCCAACUUUCCACCAAUGGCGUGAUGCUCGACAAGUUUACGGGCUGAACUUUGCCAGCAAAGAGGAGGCCACCACCUUUUCCACUGCCAUGCUGUUUGCGCUCAAUGUCCUGAGCUCUCAGGAUGCAGGUCCAGGAGCACUUCGUCAGAACGGACCGGUGACAGAUGAUGGCGAGGCUCAGAGGAGGCAAAUGAUGGACCAGCAUCAGGUGCAGAUGGAAAGGGAACGACGAACAUCUGGCUCUGCAGUCUCCACCCUUCAGUUUAAAGUAUCAGCAUCCGCCUCUCAGUCCGAAACCACUCUGCAUGACCUCAGACAGUAUCGGGCUAACACUCUUCCCCCUUCCUAUGCUCACCUUAACCCCGCACAACCUUCCUCCCACACCUCCUCUUCCUCCUCCCAGGAACGGGAGUGCGGCUACCGCACUGUGGACUCCCCUCAAAAAAAGGCACAGCAGCUUUCCCAGCUUUCCACCUCUCUGGCUUCUGCUUUCUCCCCCGUGCAGCCGGGUAUCACCCCUCCACCUCGCAACAUCAAGCAAAUCCCUCUUUCCCCUCCAACGGCCCAUCAGGACCCCAAACACACCACAUGGUCCUCAACCCAUAUGUACGCCCCAUUACCCACAGCAUCGCCACCCGUUAUAAUGGCAGUGCCACUCAAACAACCUCCUCUGCCUGUUGCCCUCCCUUUGCCACCCCUAAACAACGGCCCCAAAGCUCCCGCUAACACAUCCCACUUGGAGCCUGUAACACACCACCAACAGUCGUCCAGUGGCCCAGCAGAGGAGUACUGCCUGUACCAAAACCCUCCUACACAGGUUACCUCUGGAGCUCCAUUGCACCCACACUAUCCCAUCCAAGAAUCGACUUGCCCCCUGCCCCCUUUCAUUGGCCAGCCUGUCCAAGGCCCCGCCCUCCACCAGCAGCAGCUAUACCAGGCCACGCCCCCAUUCAACACCACACCCAACGCUCACUCUACUUUGUGCGAGGGGGCAACGCCCAAGACGUCUCCCUCGCCUGUUUAUCAGAACGCCACAGCAUCCAGCAGUCCUCCUGUUCCACCGGGUCAUCCCUCCAUGCUCUCAUCCACUCCUCCCAUUCACCCCCCUACCUCAGCAGCCAUGGCGGGUCCGCCGGCCCCGCCGCCCCCUCCUGGGCCUCCCCCACCAGGGCCGCCACCACCCGCCACAGGGCCCCCUCCUACCCCGCCUCCACUGCCGGCUGGUGGAGGUCCUGCUCCGGCAGGUCUGGCUGCAGCUCUAGCUGGUGCCAAGCUGCGAAAAGUGCAGCGACCAGAGGAAAGCAGUAGCAAGAACGAUGCCAAUCGCUCUAGUGGAGGCAGUGGAGGUGGUGGAGAGGGUCUCAUGCAGGAGAUGAAUGCCCUUUUAGCAAGGAGGAGGAAGGCCUCAGAGAAACCAGAAGACAGUCAAAAUGAGGAGUCUAAUGGAUCCCCUUCAUCAUCUGCUCGUGGACAAAACUCAGAUCCUGUGAAGAAGCCAUGGGAACGAGCAAACUCUGCAGACAAGUCUUCAGCUGUGUCAAGGGCAAAACCAAUCGGAAGCACCAGUGAUGCUGAGUCAUUUGACUUUGACAGAAUGAAACAGGAGAUCUUGGAGGAAGUUGUGCGGGAAUUGCAGAAAGUAAAAGAAGAAAUUAUUGAUGCCAUUAGAAGGGAACUGCUGAGAAUUGGCUCCACAUAGUCUUAAGAAAAGUCAACGACGACGACUGAUAAUGACUGAAGGUUCGGGGAAGUACAGGAAAGCGCACGUGAAAACGUUCUCGCAGCAUGUCUGCAAUUCAGUUGCAGAAAUGUUGUGCAGACACAAGGCAUUAUUGAGAAGGACAAGGGAAAGCUGAGGAACGGAUAGAAGUGGAGCGAGUGAUUGUGUGAUUGGAUGAGUGAAUGAACGAGCAGAUGGAAAAUAGACCUUCACACUGAAUUUUCUAUUUCCUCCAGUAUGAACGUUGAGACAGUCCACUGUGCAGCUUGCUGCUCUCGCUCUUUCAAGUCUUAAAGUCAACAAGUGGGAAAUUAAUGAAGAUAUUUUUGUUUUCUAAGUUUAUAUUGUUUCAUUGGUCAUUGUUAUUAUUGUUAAGAAUUGUAUUAUAUUAAAUGAGAGAGAUACGAUGUUGCACGACAGUUAUUGUCAGCCUUUUAUAUUUUAUAUUACUGCUCUUAUUUCUUUGGUUUUAAAAAGUACAAACUGCACGUUUGUGCGAAACCGUCAGCAAACUACUAUAGUUGAGACAUUUUGGUUUUUCUCUUUUGUUUCGUUGGCCAAUGCAGAAGUUCUGUAGAACUUUGUUUUAAAUUGAUCUGGAGGUAUGAGGUUAAAUAUAGACGCUCUUUUAAUGAGCUCAAGAGAUGGACAUGGAAAUAUAUAUAUAUACACGUAUAUAUAUACACACAACGUGAGAUGAAUUAUUGAAAGUGGCUUAAAGUAUUGGGUGAAUUGUUUGAACGUACAAUGUAUCCUGGUUUAAUUAGGUUGAUCCUGAUUUUAAAAGUUGAUGUUGAUAUUUCACAGAAAUUAGUUAAAUUAAACAUGUUGAGAGUGUGAGAUUGAUGGAAUAAAAAGAACUUUAAAAGCUUUUCCCCCUUUUAAA